UGAGUCGAAGCAGUGAAUCUGAUCCAGCGCUCAGAGAGAUGUGCAGAAGUGUGUGUGUGAGUGGUGUUUCAGUGUUUACACUGCUCUCUGACCCUGACGCAGCACUCACACUAACAGGACAGGUGAUUUAUUAUAGGGGGCGGGGCUACGCAGGAGCUCCAGGUAAUAUUUAUAAAUCCAAGCAGUUCAAAGAAACACGCUGAACACUUUAUUUAUUCAACACAGAUGAUGUUUAAUGGUUUAAACCUCUGCGUACAUGUUCAUCAUAAGUGAUACACACCUUAACCUGCUCAGGUAACCUGCUGAGGUAACCUGCUGAGCUAACCUGUCUCUGCAUGAGGAUCAGGCCGCAUCAGAUGCAGGCGGUUAUUUAAUGGUGCAUUAGCUGUGUGUUUAUUAGCUAGAAAAUGUCUUACACGCUUUAAAAAAGGUUAGUGGAGAGUUAAGGGUUCUAGCUAAAAGGGUUCUACUUAAUACUCUAUACAGUCUCUCCUGGAGAUAAGUGUGGAGAAACAGAGUAAAGAAGACAGGGUUGUGAAUCGAUUCUCCUGAUUCACUGUAGAAGAUUCGAUCAAAGAGAGAGAGAGAAAGAACCGAUUCCUUUCCCCGCGCGCAUUCUCACGAGACUGAGAGAGAGAGAGAGAGAGAGAGAGACGCAGAGGCAGUGUGUUCAGCAGCGCGGAGGUCACGGGGCGGAAAAACAGCGCGCGAGCUGCGGAGUCGGUAAAUAACCACUAAAGAGAGAAAAGGAUGCUUUAAUCAGCACGCGCCCUGAGGAGGACAGACAGAGAGAGAGACAGAGAGAGAGACAGAGGGGGAGAGACAGAGAGAGAGACAGAGGGAGAGACAGAGAGAGAGACAGAGGGGGAGAGACAGAGAGAGAGACAGAGGGAGAGACAGAGAGAGAGACAGAGAGAGAGGAUGGCCGGUUUUCGGUGAGCGCGCGCUGAUGUUCGCACCAUGGAGAAACGGUCUCUCGUGACGGCGGCGAGCUUUUGCAUGAGCGUCCUCGCGCUCGUGCUGCUGGUCACCGCCAUCUUCACGGACCACUGGUACGAAACGGACACGCGCAGGCACAAGCGGAACUGCGACCGGUACGGAGCCGAGUCUAAUGACCAGAAGAACCGGGAGAUGCCCAUCUAUCACCUGCCGCUGGUGGACAGCACCGGGAGCGGGGGCGGGGGCGGAACCGGGGGCUCGCGCCGGAACAGCGUGGCGCUCAUGAAGCCGAUUCACGUCGGGAGUCGCGAGGAGGAGCUGCUGGAGAACUGGAGGGCCAUUCUGGGCAUGGGCAUCCUGGAGACCGAGUGCGGCCGCCCGCUCUUCCCCACGCACUCCGGGCUGUGGAGGAAAUGCUACUUCCGGGGCGUGGACCCGGACAUCGACCGGCUCAUUUCAAAGGGAAUUGCAGAUCGCUGCACUGCGGUUAAAUAUCAUUUCUCUCAGCCGAUUCGACUCAGGAACAUUCCCCUGAACCUGACCAGAACCAUCCAGCAGGACGAGUGGCAUCUCUUACAUCUGAGGAGAAUAACAGCGGGCUUUAUGGGAAUGGCUGCUGCUGUGUUGCUCUGUGGCUCUGUCGUCUCUGCAGUCGGAUUUUUCUGGGAGGAGAAACUCACACAGCAUGUAUCAGGACUACUGUUCCUGAUGUCAGGGAUCUUCUGCACCAUCUCUUUGUGCACCUACGCCUCCAGCGUGACCUAUGACCUCUCCCGGAACCCUCCUUUUAUCUACGGUCUCCCGGGUGACGUGGAUCAUGGAUUUGGUUGGUCGGUGUUGUGUGGGUGGGCGUGUCUCGGGCUGACGGCGGCAUGCGGCUGCAUCAGUACCGCCUCCCCCUUCAUCACGCGCCACAAAAACACACACACCUCUGCGGUGUGA